AUAAAACAGACAUUUUAAAUUAUUAUCUGUGGAUAAAAUUACAGCUUAUGUUUGUUUUGUUUUGUGGUGAAUUAUUUUGUAUUAUUGUCAACAACACAAGAGUAAUACUUUCUUUGCAAAUCUGUGUUUAAAGUUUUUUUGAUGAACAGAUUUUUGCACUUUUGCAAAUGAAUGAUGAAUAAGAUUUCUAAGUUUAUGUUUGAGGUUAUGUCUGAUCGCAUAACUACUAGUACCUCUUUCAAUCCCCAUUUUUGUUUUUGACUUAUAGGCUGCAUUGGCGAAUACUUAAAAUAAAAUGCAGGUGGCUAUGUCGAAGGCACGAGGGGUUUUCAAAUUUUAUCAACAAGCACUUGUACGUCGGCCGUACUUGGUACAAGCCGUACAGACAGGUGCUCUUAUGGGCGCAGGAGACCUCAUAUCGCAAACUCUUAUUGAAAACAAAUCUUCCAAAAGUAUUGAUUAUAGGCGUACAUUACAGUUCUCAUCAAUUGGAUUCUUCGUUGGAGGUCCAGCUUUACGGAUGUGGUAUGGAGUAUUAAAUCGCUAUAUUGGCUCCUCUGGAAAAUCUGUUGCUUUGAAGAAAGUGUGUGUUGAUCAGUUUGUGUUUGCACCAAUGUUUCUUUUCUUUCUGUUAUCUGCAGUUGGGACUUUGCAAGGCAAGUCGUGGGAUCAUGUCGAAAAAGAUAUUAAAGCUAAUUAUUUAGAUGUUCUCAAAACCAAUUACUUCAUUUGGCCAUGGGUUCAACUUGUAAAUUUUUACUAUGUACCAUUACAGUAUCAAGUGCUUAUAGUUCAAACUGUUGCUCUCUUUUGGAACACUUAUCUAUCAUGGAAAACAAAUAAGGAUAAGUUGUAAUAAAAAAAAUGGUAAAAUUUGCUUUUUCUGUCAUAAAAUGAUAUUUUAUCUACAUAUGUAUAUCAUGUCUUUAACCCUCAUGGGGGUAGAUAGAGCUAACAGUCUCGAAAAGACGGAAAGGCAUAAUGAAUGAUGUGUGGUCACAAUUUAAGGUAGGUCCAAUUACCAAAUCAAUAUUAAAUAUUUAUUCCAAAAAUUUCAAUAUUUGAAUUCUGCCAACUGCUAUCUAAAUCAUAAACAAAUAAAAAAAAAACAUAAGCUUAUACUAGGUACAUAAAGAGGAUAAAGAUUCAUAGUAAAAU